CCAGAAUCACACUCCGACAGCCCAGCCCCGUACAUCUGCCAUCGCUUCUGCCGAAAUGGCCCAUCUGCACCACGACGAUCAUUCAUGCUCCUGCUGCAUCGAACACUCCCUCGCCGAUCUCGCCCUCCUCGAUGCACUCACCGCGCCGGACCUGCCCUCCGCCGCGGACCUGAACCUCGCCGCGAAGAAGAAGCAGCAUGCGUAUAAGCGACGAGACGCCGACCUCGACCCCUUGCUCCUUGCUGCUGCCGCCUCCUACGGGUCGGUCACCCGCAACCACUACACCCAUGACUUCUUCCCUGCUGUCGGCGACCCGCGGUCGGAGGGUGCGUACGACUGGACGAAGUGGCAGCCGGAGGAUCCCGCAGCGCGCCAGGAGCGCAGGCCCCGCCUCAAGUAUGUCAGUAGGCAGGGACCGCGCUCGCAGAAGAAGCAGGAAAACACCGCGAGCACCGAUGCUGCAGAGCCUUUGCGGGACCCCAGCAAUGUCGCCACCUCUUCUACUACGACGUCUGCAUCCACUUCGUCGGCCCAGCCCGGGUUGCUACCCGUGAGCGCGGAGCUCCAGGUGAAGUGCAUGGCUCGCACGCGGGUACCCACACCACACGGCCCCGUCUUCCUGCACCUAUACCACAACUCCAAAGACAACAAGGAGCACCUCGCGAUCGUCGUCGACCCCGCACAGCUCCAGGAGGACACACCCCAGCUCGCGCCGCCCAUCCGCAGCCGCACCCUCGAUGCCGUCUGGUCCGACUCCGAGACGGAAGCAGAGCGCAUAACGCGAGGCGCAUACGUCGGCCGCCUCUCAGCGGACUCGCAACGGCCCUCGCGCCCAGCAGACGAGCGCACCGCGCCGCCCGCGCUCGACACCAUCCCGUCCCCGCUCAUUCGCAUCCACUCCGAGUGCUUCACAGGGGAAACUAUCGGGAGCAUGCGCUGCGAUUGCGGCGAGCAGCUUGACGAGGCCAUCCGGCAGAUCGCGCAGCCCAUCACGAUCCCAUCCCCGACAGACCCCGCGCAGACGGUGACGAUUCCCGGCCGCGGGGCGGUCGUGUACCUGCGACAGGAGGGUCGUGGGAUCGGGCUGCUGAGCAAAAUCCGCGCGUACAACCUGCAGGACCUCGGGCACGACACCGUCACAGCGAACCUGAUGCUGGGACAUGGGGCGGACGAGCGUGGGUACGCGAUCGCAGCGGCGAUUGUGCGCGACCUGGGGAUGGGCACGGACGGGAUGGAGGGCGUGCGGCUGUUGACGAACAACCCGGACAAGAUGCGCGCGCUGGAGGAGGAGGGCAUCCGGAUCGUGGAGCGCGUGCCGAUGGUGCCCCGGUCGUGGCAACGCGUUCAGCAUGCGAAGCUGGGGGGAGACACCGCCGGGGUGCGUUUGCAUGAUCGCGCUGAGGAGAGGGAGGGCGGCGUUACGAUGAUUGGGCACGGCGAGGUGUAUGGGGACGAUCUGGACAAGUAUUUGCGGACGAAGGUCUUGCGGAUGGGACAUAUGCUCCCUUUGCUUUCUGACCUGUGAGAUCUAGACGGGGUGUGCACGAUAUAAUUAUUGUAGGGAAUGCUUGCAGUACUAGCUGUAGACGCAAAA